CGUGAGUUUCGGAACUCUGACGUCAGGCGCCACCGGUACUUUUCGCCGUAGAGUGCGAGCGUAGAGUUUGCCUCGGACGGACCAACGCUGCGCACGACGCUUGUUGUAGACUGUAGUCGACAAAUUUCAUUUCAGACAGAGUUAGAAUAACAUAUACAUCACGAGGGCAUAGCCACAAAAUCAUAAAAAGUAAAAAUAAAAAGCCUAAAAUGCAACUUUGAUCGCUGUUAUAUCUAUUCAUCUAUUCUACGCGGGGGUAGCUCAUUAUGAUACUCAUUUUACUCAAAAGAAAAUAAAAAGUUUCGAUGAAAAGAGAACAAAUUGUCAGCGUACAAGUUUUAUGACAAAAUGAAUAGAAUAAAAUCGAAGUUUACUGCUGCAGUUCUGGUAUUCCUCCUCAUCUGGGUUAACUUAUGCUAUGCCGUAGGAGACCCUACGGACUUCAGAAAAGGCCAGAAAAUUGAUGUGGAAGUUUCCAAAAUGUUUAGUUUACAUACACAACUAUCUUACGAAUAUUAUUCGUUGCCUUUUUGUUUGCCCAAAAAUGGUACCUUAUCUUAUAAAUCUAAAAAUUUAGGGGAAAUGUUAAGAGGUGACAUAAUUGUUAACACACCUUAUGAAGUUGCAAUGGCACAAAAUAUAUCUUGCAAACUCCUUUGUGAUAAGCCAACAGAACCCAUGACUUGGAAAGAAAGUAAUUCUUCACUUGUCUAUGAACGAAUUCAACAAAAUUCCGUUGUUUAUUUAUUGAUUGAUGAUUUCACAGCAGCAAGUCUAACUAAUGCAAAUAGUAAUAUCUAUAUACAACCUGGUUAUUAUCUAGGUGGUAUCGAUGAGAAAAAUAGAGUGUAUAUAAACAAUUAUUUAAAACUAAAAUUAAGUUACCACAAAUAUGGAGAGAAUAAAUUUAGAGUAGUUGGCUCCAUAGUAGAAGCUUUAUCAGUAGAUUAUAACCAAGUAGGCUAUAAUGGCAGUACUUGUAACAUUCCACCACAAGCUAGUCCACAAUAUGUCAACCCAAACGGUACUAAAAUUCUAUUUUUCUAUUCUGUUGAAUGGCAGGAAGAACCUCGUAUUAGUUGGGCCAAUAGAUAGAAUAUUUAUGUUACGAAGAAUCAUAUAGAAUCGCGUUGGCUUAUUAUAAACCGGUUAACGUUUAUUUCGAUUUCAUUUUCUGGAAUGGUAACUUUUUUGUUGUACAUUCAAAUAAGAAAAGACAUAGAAAGGUGCAAUAAUUAUAAUAGUAUUUCAAAAUUAGAAGAAGCUUUAGAAAUAACCGGAUGGAACUUUGUUUAUGCAGAUGUAUUCAGACCUCCCACUAAAUCUCUGCUUUUUGCUGCUUGUAUUGGUAGUGGUAUUCAAAUAUUUGUUACAAUAUUUAUUCUUGUCUUUUUUUUCAUGCUUGGAAUAUUUCAAUCAGCUAGUAGAGGAGCUAUAGGAACUUGCGCAAUUUAUUGUUAUAGUUUAUCUGGAGUAGUAGCUGGAUACUUUUCAGGUAGAUUAUAUAAGACAAUGCAAGGAGAAAGGUGGAAAAUAGCAGCUUUUCUGACUGCAACUUUAUAUCCUGGCAUAGUACUUGGAACAUAUUUACUCUUAAACUUUUUUUCAUGGAAAAAGCAUAAUUCAGGAGCAGUUCUAUUUUCAACGAUGAUUUCUUUGCUAUGCACUUGGUUUGGUAUUUCCUUACCAUUAGUUUAUGUAGGAUACUUCUUUGGCUAUUGUAAAAACCAUUUUACUUAUCCUGUAACAACUAAGCAAAAGCCAAGUAAAGUUCCUGAUCAAGUAUGGUACUUGAAUCCUUUAGUCCGUAUGGCGGCAAGUGUAUUUCCUUUUUCAAUAGCUUUGAUUGAUUUGUUUGACAUUGUGACUGCAUUAUGGCAAAACUAUUUAUACGUUGUCUCAGAAUUUUCAUUUAUAGUUUUUAUCUACUUGGUAAUAUCUUGUUCAGAAAUUUCUAUAAUUACGGUUUAUUUUCAGUUAUCUAAGGAAGAUUAUAGAUGGUGGUGGAGAUGUUUCAUAUACGGUGGAGCAUCUGCCGUAUACAUAUUGGCAUUUUCAAUAUAUUAUUUCUUCGUAGAAACAAAUAUAACAGAGAUAGCUCCGACUUUGAUGUAUUUCGUUUAUAUGAGCCUGAUGGCUAUCACAUUUUGGCUACUUACUGGAACCAUUAGUUUCUUUGCUGCUUUUAUAUUUAUUAGAAAAAUGUUUGCAACUAUUAAAUUAGCAUAGUUAUCUCAAAUGAUUUUGUUAGCCAGUGCAUCUCUGUUGCCAAAAUAGCAAUGAUAUAUUUCUUUGUUUCGCUGAUAACUACUUUUGAUUUGAUGUGAUUGCAAGUUUGGUUCAGAUUAAUCAUAAUAAUUUCAAGAGCAAAAUUAAUUUUUUAUAGUAAGAAGACUGGUAACUUACUUUUUAACCAUACCUUAGUUUUCACAAGUUGCUAUGUUAUCAAAUAAUAUGGUAAUUAAUAUUUUGUAAUUAAAUGGUUAAUGAAUCAUUAUAUAAUGUAAUCAUUAUAAAUAAUUACAUCUUAUAAAAUCGAUACAAUCGUUAAUUUAUGAUUAAACCAAGAAAAAAAAUCUUCAGACAAUUUAUAAUACAUCUGUACAAAGUUAUAAAUGAAAUUUGAAACUUAUAAUUGUAAGGAAAUUUAAUUCAAUUGCGAUUAUGUCUGUUUGAUUUAAAAGUAGUAACACAUCACGAAAAACUAAAAUUAAAGCAAAACUUAAUACUGCACCUGUUACUAUUUGUAUGCCUUAGCUCAAAAUUUUCAUUAAAUACAAAUCUAAUAGUAAAAUUUUUUGUUGCAAAUGAUUUUAAUCGAGAAGUGUUUAAGAGUCUUGGUUAAAAAGUAUUUUUUUUAGGUGAAAAUUAUACAGGGUGUCACAAAAGUAUAGGGACCUCCUAAAAGCGGCAAAAUAUGCGGAGGAAAAAACAAAAACCCCAUCAAACGUAUUUUUUGACGGAAAAUCCAUUGAUGACCUUGGAUUUGAUCUUGAACAUAAUCUCAAAGCAAUAGCGACCCAAAAAUCGAUUUUCAAAUGAAACCCUCCAUUUUUUAUUUCAGAUUUAAAGGAUCAACUAUUUUUAGAACGCCGAAAUACGGCUAUUUUUAAAUAAUUUUUUUUUGUUUAUAUUAUAAAUAUUGAUAUAGGCC